AUGCUGGAAUCAGAGGACCCAAACAAAAAGCGAAAAAGAAUUAGACGAGCUUGUGAUUUUUGUCGUUCAAAAAAAGCCAAGUGUGAUGGCAAGUCACCAGUGUGUUCAAACUGUUUUGCAAAUAAGGAGGAAUGCAUUUAUUCCCAACCAGUUAAGCGAAGAGGAUUACCGACUGGAUAUACACAUGAUUUAGAAAAGAAAGUCCGACUAUUUCAGGGGUUAAUAGCAAGGUUGUGUGAAGAUAAAUAUGUCCAAUCACGGCUACAAACCAUUUUAAAUGACGAGUCAUUGGUGGAUGAUCUUGUGGAACUAGAGAAAUCAUGGAAUAGUAAUAGCAUUUCAGAACUCUUUGACCAAGUUGCAUCACAGAGUAAUUCAAAAAAUAAUAUCGCCAAACUUGCAACCCAUAAACCAACACCAGUUCAAUCGGACUCAACACCUGUAUCAACAUUGGACGGUAACCCGCCUUUGACAACACUGCAAUGCCAAGUAUGUCAAAAAAGUCAGGAUAGAAAAUUUCGGAAAGCACAUACGCCAGACCCACUGCAAACAAUCUCAGCGUCACCGUCAACAUCACAAACAGCAACAGCAGCAACAGCAGCAACAGCAGCAGCAACAGUAGCAGCAGAUAACGCUAUCAAUCCAGUUAUUGGAAGUGAUAGACCUACCUCGAUAUAUCCCAGCACACCUAGCCCUUUUGUUAGUGAUCUGGCGUUUUUUUUAAACUAUGAUGUUUUCCAGUUUAUUUCCGACGAGAUUGAAGGUGUUGAAAACCCAGAAAACUGGGAGCCGGUGGCCUUACAAUAUCAUGGAUUGUCUUCAAUAAUAUCCGGGUUCACGAAUAAAGUAGUACAACAAUAUAAUAGUAAAUUGAAUAAUGUUUUCAAAAACCCAUUUCGAGUGGGAUCCAUUUUCAAUAUUUCUUCAUUUGCCAUUAAUGCAAGUAUGACCAAUAAAUUUCAAAUGCCAAAGGAGAUAUUCCAAUUUCCCAUAAAUAUUAGAGAACUUGUUGAUAUAUAUUUCCAAGUCCAUCAAUGUUAUAUUCCGAUGCUAGAUCGGGUUUCCUUAAUACGGCAUGUAAAUUAUUUACAACUGUUGCCCGAGCAUAAAAGAGGUUCGAUGGAUGGUAAUAUUCUUGCAUUGGUAUGGGCAGUGGUUGCAUUAGGUGAAUUUAGUAGUAUUGGUGGGAGUGUUAAAAAAUCACUGAUUUUUGCUAAGAAUGCCAUUAUGGCACUUGAAAACUCAUUUACAACUACAAUUGAAACAAUUCAGGCAAUGAUUACUCUUGGGUUAGUGUACUACCAUUUAGGUCAAUGGGACUUUUCGUGGGUAUUGAUUUCAUCAGGUACACGAAUGGCCAUUGACGUUCGACUAAUGAGAAAUGCCUCCGACGAAGAUAAUCCAAGGGUUCAAAGCAGUGCCAGUUUGAAUAACAUUAAUAGACAAAGAACCUGGGCCACGGUAUAUUUUGUGAAUACUUUGCUUUGUGCAAGAAUGGGGAGAUCUCCUGUUGUGAGAGCUCUGGAUUGGCCAGUUCCAGAAAUUAACAACGAUGGGUGGGAAGAGUGGCUGCCGUGGGAAUGCUAUUAUGCGCCAAAUGAAAUCAAAUUAGAGAGUGGCAAGUUUUUAUCGACAUUUAAUGAAACCCUCAAAGGUGUUUACAUUUUGAAUCUAGCUAUUACAUCUACAAUUGACACUUCCAGAGGUUAUUAUCAAAAUGGAGAGGUAAAAUCAGAAUUCAAAAUUAAUUAUGACGACAGACAGAAUUCAAAUAACAUGACUUUAGAGAUGUUUAAUGACAUGAUAGACGCAUGGCUGAACCAAUUACCUGAAUCCUUCAAAGACGACCAGUCUAACACUGGUUUGAAGCUGCCAUCAACUACUAUAUUGGUGUUACUUCGUGGAUUGAUCUGGUGUGUUUUAGCUGUUAGGUUGAGCUCUCUUAAAGGCAAUAGUGAGAUUAAGGAUCAAAUUAUUCAAUUCAGAAAUCAAAAAUAUACGGAAGCCAUUGUGGCAAUGAAGAGAUGCAUCAAUGAAAACAGCGAGAAUAUAUGGAAACAUUAUUUUUUAUUUGAUUAUUUCUUAAUAAUGACAUUUAACUUCCCAUAUAUGAUGAAUUUUGAAUCUGAAUUUAUGAAAUAUGCUCACAUUCAAGAAAUGAAAAAUAUUCUUGUUAGUUGUUCAGAAACUUCAAUCCCUUGUAGUAUAUGCUGGGACUUGUUGAAAAUCAUGAAUAAUGGAACCAAACAAAGGGAGUCUUCUAAACUUCACGAUACACCCAAAGCACAAGAGUCUCCGACAAUAGCUAAUUUGCUAAAUGACCAAGCUGACACCGAGGCAGUUGGACCCCAGCCGCCAACAGAAGUACAACCAGUUGCAUCAGUACCACCAAUGGCACCCGUUGCACCAAAUCUGUCGUUGACUUCGGUAGCUCCGGCUCCCGAAUCAGCACCAGCACAGGUGGCUGCACCCCCACUAGUAAUGGCCCCAGCAGCCCCACCAAUAUCAUCAUCAGGAAACGCUCCUUAUAUUUCCAAUGAUAAAAACUGGGUAAACCAGUUUGGCCCACCAACAACGAUGCUACAAGAUUUACACCAAGUACAAUCUCAACCAAUAUAUCUGAACUCAAAUUUUCAUCAGCAGCAUAAAUAUUAUCCACAUCAAAUACUGCUAGAAGAACCAACUCUGCUGUUGUUGCAGGUAAAUCAGAUCAAACAAGAAAAUACAACCCUGCAACCUAAUAACCAUAAUCCGAACGUAAAGUAA